AUGGCUAGACGACGCACUGUCGAGUUCCAAUAUGAUCCCAGUGUGAUCCACCUUUGGCUGGCACCUGGUAGUACUAGUGCCAUGUGUUUGUCGACGCUUCCUUGGGAGGGUAAUGUUUGGGAUGUAGCCAGUGGGAUGAAGACUGUUGGAAUAAACAAAAGCAGGAAAACGGCACCACGAUACGAUGAACAGCUUGCUGUCGACCGAAAUACUUGGUUGGAUACUACGCAGGAGAGUGCCACUGUACCACAAAACGCAGAUUUCAACGUCGAAUCUGAGAUAGACUUGAGCGCGGAUAGUUUUUUGGUAGUGUUGGCGGAGGCGAGUCCUGACACCGGUGUGGCGAAAAGAAAGGGGAAGGCUGAGGCUGAGGAGAAAACCGCUAUUUUAUCCCGAACCUUAUUCACGUCUGCCUCGUCGGUGUUGAGCAGCUGUUAUUCUUACUCUCCAUUAGGCUGUCUCAGAGAUACAAAAUAAGUCUCUGCUAUAUGUAUCACUUCUUUCACGCAUGGAUGCUCUGAGAUGCCAGGUGAAUGUGAAUCUAUCAUCCUCCAGUGCAUGGAUAGUAUGAAUCAUAUGGAUGUCAUACGGCAAAAGAAAUAAAUGACACCCAAACGACUAUUUUCAUUCGAUCAAGGUACUCCUGACUGCAGGGAGACUAAAGAGUAUCCCCGAC